AUGCGUUUGCUGCUCUUGCCAGCGCUGAUUUUGGCCUCGGCGGGAGGGCCAUCAUCAAGAGCGCGGGCGCAAAUACCUACGACAGCAUGUGACAGCAGCCCACCGCUCCGAGUAGAAACAGUUGCCGAAGCCGGUGCACUCGGCGCUGCCGUCAAUUGUACCGGCGGCGGGACGGUGGAAGUCGUUUGGGCUGGGGCGGUUACUCUUACUGCUCCCAUUGCUGUCGGAGCGGGAACAUUUCUGUCCAUCACCGGAGAAGACGACUCGGCGGAGGUGCGCGGCGGCGGCCAGACCCGGAUGUUCUAUGUCUCAACGUUGGGAGGACUGACUUUGACCGACCUCAAGCUUUCGGGCGGUAGUGCCGCAAGCGGUGGAGCUAUUCACUCCAGCAUGGCGACGGUUGCCCUGAAUAGUUGUGUUUUCGACGGCAACUUCGCCACCGCUGGGGAUGGCGGGGCCGUGAGGGCGGAGGGCGGGGAGCUGGCGAUUGUCGGAGGAGAGUUCUCCGGAAACAGCGCUAGCGGGAACGGUGGCGCCGUGCUCGCGAUCGAUGCCGGGCUGGUGAUCCGAAACGGCACCCGGUUCGCGGGCAACAGGGCCGUCGAGGGCGGCGGUCUGUACUGUGGAGGGGGAGUGAACUCGACACUGCUAUCCGCUGGGGCCACUGCUUUCUGCUCUCUUAGCGACGCGACGUUCGAGUUCAACAACGCCUCCAGUGAGACCAUCCUCGACUACGAUGCCAUCACGGAGCCGUGGGUCAAUCUCUACGGCGGCGGGGGAGUAGCAGUUUACCGCGCCGUGGUGGAUAUUACGGACUCGGAGUUCCAGGGGAACUAUGCGCAGCUCUCGGGUGGGGCGUUGUAUGGGGGAACUGAUGCAGCCAUCGCCAUCGACGGCUGCUGGUUCGAGAACAACUUCACGCCAGGGCAUGGGGCCGCAGUGGCGGCAUCGUCGGCUACCCUGGGGGGAAGCACGGUGCUGACGAACAACUUGGCCACGCAGAACGGCGGCGGGGUGUUUGGGUGGGAUACGGCAGGAAGAAUCGAGUUCUCGAGUGGUGUCGUUUGCAGCACCAACCUAGCAGAUGAAAAAGGGGGGUGCUUCUACACCACAGGCGGGGGAACAAUCAACAACGGGACGGUCAUGCGAGAGAACAUAUCCCGAAGCGGGGGCUGCUUAUAUGCGUUAAACGGCAGUGAUGUCACCGUCCACGGCGGGGAGUUUAGGGAGUGCCAGUCGACCAGAAACGGUGGUUUCGCGUUUGCUUCCGACGGGUCAGUGGUGACCAUCAAGGGGGGUACCGUGACGGACAACGUGGCCGCGCGAAGAGGAGGCGCGGUGUACUGCUCCGGGAACAGCUUAGAUAUGGGAGGCUCCAGAGUCACGAUCGAGGGAGGCACGUUUAGCAACAACCGGGCGCUAGAACUUGGAGGGGGCGUUGCGGCGUGGGGAACCCCCACCGUCGUGACCGUCACAGGCGGCGUUUUCCACAACAACAGCGCAAAGUAUUUUGGCGGAUUCAUUUUUCUCGAGGAAGAAGCUAGUCUCUCCUGCGAGGGCGCCUUUGUCCAAGGAAAUACCGCUGGCGAUCAGGGUGGGGGCAUCUACGCCCGAGACGCCACCUGGGUAAACUCCAGCUGUGAUCUCCUCCAUAACGAAGCGCCACAGGGGGCCGCCGCCUUCUUUACCAAUAUCGUUGAGGCCGCCAAUCUCCAGAGCCACACUGUAACUCAUACAGUAGAGUCUGGCGGUGGAGUGGUGUACGCGACCGAGACCUCGGUCAUCGCGUCAGGCGUAAGCUUCCAGUCCGGGGUCAUCUUGCAGGAGGAUUCGUCCAACAGCGCCAUACAACUCGAGGGCGGAGCCACCCUGAUCGCAAAGGAAUGCGUAUUUGGCGGCUGGAUGGGUGACAGCGUGAUCCAAAACGCCAACCCCGCUGAAGGCUCCCUCGUGCUGGACAGCUGCGACUUCGGAAAUACUUCUGCGGGCAUGGUAGUCACCUCACCUAACUCGGACGCCAGAAUCCGUAAUGCCCUUUUGAGCGAUCUCACCAUCGAGAACGCCGCUGUGGUGAACAGCUCGCUUGCUCUUGUAGACAGAGCCUUGGGCUGUGACAAUCUCGGCAUCUGCGGGUCGGGAGAGUGCGUGGAUAGCGCGUUCGGAGUGCUUUGCGAGUGUCUCGAGGAUGGCGAGUGCUUGGGCGGCGGCGGCACUCUAUCCAUUGUAUUGAAGACACCUCCCCCCGACGUGACGUACAGUCCCGAUUUGGUGUAUUUCGAGCUCCUGGUAUCAACGACGGCAAACGGAAGUACACCCAUCAUCUGGAAUCUGACAUUUGGGGCAGAUGAACUGUUCUUGCAAGUGCUUCCGUCUAGUGGAAUGUUGCCUCCCGGAGAAGACGCUACCGUGCUCGUUACCGGCAGCCCCCAGGGGCAGGAGGUGGGGGGUGAUCUGGUCAGCCAAUUCAUCGUCACAUCUGUAGGUACCUCAAACUCUGCGACCGACGUGGAUGUUGAGGUCUAUUCGGCCUUUUACCUCUGCCAGGCGUUUGAGUACGCCAUGCCAGUGGAUGGCGAAGACACCACUUUCUCGUGCGAGCAGUGUGCAAGUGUCAACGGUGCGGAGGGGCUGGACUGUGAGAUCCCUGGGGCGACGUUGGCUUCAUUGCCUGUUCGGGAGGGUUAUUGGCGCUCUGGCGGGGAGUCUCUGACUAUCCAUCAGUGUUCUCCUUCCUCUGCUUGUGUCGGUGCAGCUCAGAUUUCGAGCGCACAAGACUACUGCGGCGAAGGGUACCAGGGUCCAUACUGCGCUGUGUGUGCCGAGGGCUUCGGCAGGGGCGCCGGCAACAGUUGCCACUCUUGCGAGGGCACCAAGUCGCGAUUGCUCAUUGCGGCAGGAUCGUUGUUCGCUCUCGUGAUUCUGCUGUUGAUAAUAUUGACGGUGGCGUAUCUUGUCGGGGGCCUCGAUGCCGUUGAGGGGCUUCGGCGGUCGCUGUCUACCAGCUUCGUGGGGGACAGAUCUGUGUUGUCUGGUCGCGACAGCAGCUCACACAAGACCGGUUCUUCAAGCAAAUCCAUCGGGAGGGAUAGGCUGGCUGACUCCGUUGCGCCAACGUUCAAGGUAACCUCGGAGGUAGAAGAACGAGGGGCCGAGGGAGCUGCAUCUCGGAAGGGCGUCACAUCGGUACCUGUUUCGGAGGUCGACGUUUCGGAGAUGAAAUCCGACGCGUCCAGCGAUACCGACACCGAGGAUGACAACGCUCCGCCCAUGGUACGGGGAGGCGGCCAGCCUGGGUGUUGCGGACAUGGCGAGAAGAUCAAGCGGUGGGCUGCACGACUGCCAAUGGACAAGAUAAAAAUUUUGGUGGUGGUGUGGCAGAUCCUGUCGGUGUUCCCCAGCAUCACUGCAGUGGAUUUUCCCCCUGCUUACGCCCGGUUCUUGUCGUGGAUCAACAUGCUGAGCUUCGACCUUGAGCACGUGCUCUCAGCCUCGUGUGUCUUUCCAGUGAUGGACUUCUAUCAAAGACUGCUGGUAACGACCCUUGUACCUCUAGGGGUGGCCAUGGUGCUGGUGUUGACGUAUUGGAUGGCGAAACGUAGGGCCGGGUCUGGAUCAGCCGGGGCUCUCGGGAGGAGGGCGGCGUGGUCGCGGCACGUGGCGGCAGGGUUGUUGCUGUCAUUCUUGGUGUUUAUCGCUACCUCUACCAUGGCUUUCAAGACAUUCGCCUGCGACGAUGAAGCGGUGGAAGGAGAGAGCUACCUCGGGGCGGACUACGGCAUACAGUGCCACACGGACAAGCACACGUGGUACAAGGUGUAUGCUGGUAUCAUGAUUUUGUCGCUCAACCCUCCGGCGGAAGCAAGCACACUCGUCGACUCGAGCGCCGACGAACGUAAAACCAACAAGGCUUACAAACCUAAGUUCAUGUCAGAGGACCUGGAAGAGAAGUUGGAGAAGCGCAGGCGGAACCCUGACCUGGUGCCCUCCAUGUUCCUGUGGAAAGACUUCGGUCCCGAUAUGUACUACUACGAGGUGGUCGAGUGCGGGCGAAGGAUACUUCUGACAGGAGUGCUGAUCUUCAUCUCACCAAACACGGCAGCACAAGUGGCUGCAGCUUGCAUGUUUGCCUUCGUGAGCCUGCUGGGCUUUGAGCUCCUGCGGCCUCAUCUGGACCCCGUGGACUCUUGGUUGUACCGCCUGGGCUGCAUGUGCAUCUUCCUGAGCAAUUUUCUAGCUUUGUUGAUCAAGGUGGACUCCGCAGGGGACAGCAACCGGGAUGUCUUCGGCUGGAUAAUGAUCGUUAUCAACCUGCUCCUCAUCAUGGCGGUGCUGCUGGCCUCGUGGUUCUCCAUGCAGCAGACGAUGGAUGAAUACGCUGUUGCGGCGGGGACCCUGUUGGCGUUUGAACAGCUCUCCGUCCACAGCGUCCAGUUCUCGCGCACGUUGCAAGCUCCAGCUUCUGGUCGACCUCCUCGUCCGCCGCCGGUGGUACCAGCUUGUCGCGUUCGUGCCGACACGAAGGGGUCGGCUGGCACUGGGCGGUUCAAUGCUAGCCAGGGAUACGCUCCAGCUGGCGAGGGGUUGGUGAACGUCCCUUCUGCCGCCUUCGCGGAGGAAGGGGUACGACAGAGUGGCAAGGCGGACGACUCCUUCUGUUUGUGUUGA